AUGGUUUCAGAAGUAUAUGGAGUUUCCCGCCGUAUACACAGUGAUCAGGGGAGGAACUUUGAGUCCCAGCUUGUGAAGGAUCUGUGCUCAGCAUAUGGGAUCUCAAAGAGCAGGACAACAGCUUACCAUCCAGAGGGCAACGGGCAGUGCGAGAAAUUCAAUCACACUUUGCACAACCUUCUCCGUACCCUACCCCCUGAGCAGAAGAAGCGUUGGCCAGACCAUCUACAGGAACUUACGUUCAUGUAUAACUGCACCCCGCAUGCAUCCACUGGCCUUUCCCCUUUCUACAUAUUCAUGGGUCAGGAACCAUUGCUGCCAAAUGACUAUGUGAUGAUGUUUGAUGAGGAUGUCAUGGGAGCACCACCAACUGAGUCUUGGGUGACGUCGCAUCAGCAAAAACUGCGACAGGCAGCUGAAAUGGCCCUCGAGAAUAUAGAGGAAGAGCGCGGCCAGGUGUGGGAGACAGGACGACAAAGCAAACGACAAGGGCAUUGCUCUAGGUACCAGAGUACUCCUACGGAACGGAUUGGGGAUCACUGGAAGGCAACGCCCUACAAGGUGAUUGCACGACCACAAACAAAUGUGUAUGUGGUACAACUAGCUGAUGGGACUGGGCCGAUGAAGAGGGUUACCCGAACGGAGAUUCUCGACACAGGAGACAGUGUUCCUGAUGGUCCUCUCCACACUGAUCCUCAACAAGACAAACUAAGAGACGAGGGAAAUGCAGCUGAACGACAACUGCCGGAGAUGGUCAUAACCAUGUAUGCUCCAGACAUAGAACAGGGACCCACCAGCAACCCCACAGAUCCAGUAUCACCAGCCCUGGCUGAUAGCCCGGUCAUAACAGAGGAGACCCCCAGCAGGCCGCUGGAGAGCCAGCAGAUCCAGUCCUAA